UUGCCUCCUAUUUGGCGGUUUGUUCUUGCAGAUUCGAGCCCAAGUUCUCCAGUUCUGAGUCCUGUCACAGCUGGCGACACCGGCCCAGGUGCAAUCAACGUCAAGCUGCGACCAACCCCGGGCAAAUUCCGCAACAUCUAUGCUGAAGACGAUAUAGACGAGUUGCCUCCCCCGCCGCCUCCGCCUGAACUCCUUAGCGGGCAACUGAUUUCUGAGACUGUGUCCAGCAUGGACUUUGACAUACCAGAUGACAUAGACCUCAGCCAGUGCCCUGGUUUGGUUGAGAUUACCAAGAGCACACCCAACUGGAAGAAAGACAUGAUUGAGAAGAAGAAUCAGGAAAAGAUUGAAGAGUAUGUUAAAGCAAUUUUGAAAGAGCGAGAACAGCAGGCUAAAUGGAAGAAUGUGCCAGAAUGGAAAAGAAAGAUUUUACUGAAAAAGGAAGAGGAGGUAG